UUUAAUAUCUCCUAAGCUGAUCCACAUCAGAGACCGGCUUUGGGGUGUGAAAUCGGGGGAACAGUGUGCAGACAGUUGGGCUCCUGGAGAAGCCUGCUGCAUGUGUGGAUGUGGCAGGCUGAUACUAGUUGAAUCUGGGGCGCACAGCUGGAUAAAUUGUCGGGGCUGGACAGAUGCUUUUAGUCGAUUUGAAAUCACAAUGUUUAGAUUUUCAUUCCGUGGUUAAAGGGUUUUUUCCCCCAUUCAUUUAUGUAAUCAGCUGCACAAACACCACCAGUUACAGUCCAGAUUUGACUGGUCCAAGUCGGGUUGGACAAUACACCGUGUCCAUUCACAGAGGUUGUUUACCCUGCGAUCACACACGAGAGAGGGAAGCAGCGUGUGAUGGAUGGAUGUCAGGCUGAAUGGUUAAAAUGUGUGCCGCCAUCAAAAUGCUGCGUGUAGUUUUAGUCUUUGAUUGAGGGGAGUUGUUAUGAAUUGCAGGUUAAUGUGUAGCCACGCAGGCCGCCGUUGAUUGGCUGAGAGUGAGGGGAGACGCAGCCAAGGUUUGACAGAUCAAAGGCCGGGUCAGUCCAAAGUUCAGACUCAUUUAUUGGAGAUUUUGCCCCGAUAUGGGUGCUAUCGACAGGGGUGGUGGCUGUGAAAAGUGCCCUUCAACCUCUGUGCAACUCGCCCUCUGACUUAUUGGAAGAGCCCAGAGAAGGAGGGUGUUUGUGUUGCUAUCUCGUGAGAACCCCAUUGAGUUUAAUUCAGUUUAAAGAGACCGCACGCCGAUUGUGCAGCUACUUCACAGCCGCCAGUGAAGAAAAGAAGAGUUUUUUUCCCCCCACCAAGGUUUCGCCCAUCAAUCCAGCAGCCAUCUUCGGUGCAGUUUCAGAUAAACAUGGCAGCAGAGCUAUCCACUUCCAUAAACAUCAAGGAGCCCCGGUGGGACCAGAGCACAUUCGUAGGUCGGGCCAAACAUUUCUUCACUGUCACAGAUCCCAGGAACGUCCUGCUCACCAACGAACAACUAGCACAUGCACACAAAAUCAUCACUGAUUACAGGCAAGGUGUCGUUUCUCCGGGACUGACGGAGGAUGAACUGUGGCGAGCCAAAUAUGUUUUUGACUCAGCUUUCCAUCCCGAUACCGGAGAGAAGAUGAUCCUGAUCGGCCGCAUGUCAGCGCAGGUUCCAAUGAACAUGACGAUCACCGGCUGCAUGAUGACGUUUUACAAGACGACUCCGGCUGUGGUGCUCUGGCAGUGGAUCAAUCAGUCGUUUAACGCAAUAGUAAAUUAUACCAACAGGAGUGGCGACGCUCCAAUCACAGUCAAUCAGCUUGGCACAGCUUAUGUGUCUGCCACCACAGGGGCAGUUGCCACCGCUCUAGGACUAAAUGCACUAACAAAGCAUGUUUCACCUCUGAUUGGACGGUUUGUUCCAUUUGCUGCUGUAGCUGCUGCUAACUGUAUCAACAUCCCGCUGAUGAGACAAAGAGAACUUCAGCAUGGUAUUCCCAUAACAGAUGAAAAUGACAACAGGUUAGGAGAGUCGACAAAAGCUGCACAGCAGGCAAUCUCUCAGGUUGUGGUCUCUAGGAUCCUCAUGGCUUCUCCAGGAAUGGCUAUCCCACCAUUUUUAAUGAACCAUUUGGAGAAGAAGGCCUUUCUGAAGAAGUUCCCAUGGAUGAGUGCACCUAUUCAAGUGGGCCUGGUGGGAUUCUGCCUGGUGUUUGCCACUCCACUGUGCUGCGCGUUGUUCCCUCAGAAGAGCUCCAUGUCAGUCAGCCGCCUGGAGCCGGAGCUGCAGGAGAAGAUCCGGGCCAACCACCCGGGAGUGGAGAGGGUCUACUUCAACAAAGGGCUAUGAGUGUUGCACCCCCCCCCCCUCAUCCAAACACUGCCAUAACACGGCUGCAGGCUCGGUCCUCACCUCUCUGCCAGCUCUCCUCAUUCAGUGUGCCAAAGUUAAGUUUUUGUCUCCUCAUUUCCAGCAUUCAGACGGACGACCGAGGACUCCCUCUCUCAGUCAGUCUCUUUGUACCGAGAUGUUUGCUUUUGUCGAUGUGAUUGUUGAUUUUAUUGAAACUGCUAGAGAAGGUUUUUGUCCGACUGGGCCGGAUGAAAAGUUCAGUGUUUAUCAUGACAGAUGUACAGUGGCCCGUGUAAGAUUGUUUUAAAGUGGACAUUAUUUCUGUGCAGUAUUUCUUAAAUGGGUGACUUGUUGAUCAUACGUCGCCAUAAAAACGCUGUCAUACCCUCCUACAUAAGGUGGGCAGGUAGUUCAUUUCCUACCUGCAUUUUAACCAGUCAGAAUCAGAUCUGAUUAUAAUAUAGCUCACUCCAAAUCUCACACAUUUUUAGACCUCUAUCAACGAUUACAACCUCCUACAUUUGUCUCAAAGACAGAUUUGCCUCGUAAAUUCAGUUCAGUUUGCCAGAUGAGUAACAUUAACCCUCGUGUUGUCCUGCGGGUCAGAAUUGGCCCGCUUUAAAGUUUGAAAAUGUGGGGGGGGGGGGAUUACUUUCACAGUGAAACUUCUGAUGCCCACAUGUUCAACAUUUUUGGGAAAUCUUGGAGCAUUUUUUGGGUUUCAGAUUCAGAAAACUUUAUUUGUCCCCAGGGGCAAUUGGAAAAAAAAGAAAUGUUAAAAAUGUUUCUCAAAAAAAAAUCAACCGAAAUUCAUUGGAUUUUGGUUAAUUUUUUUGUGUGAAUGUUCAUAAAGAACAUAUUAGAAGUUUUACUGAUAAAUAUGUAGUCAUGUUAGAUAUUUUUAGAAUUUUUUUUGAAGAUUUUUACUUAUUUUUUGAAAAUAUUUACAAGAAUUUUCUUGCCACAUUUGGGGGAUUUUUCUAAAUUAAACUUUAAGGGAAACGUUUAAGGAAUUAUUGGAAUUUUCUUCCUAAAGAUUUCGCAAAUUUUCAGAAUUUUUUUUGCUGAAUUUUGGGAUUUUUGUCAGACAAGUGAACAAUAUUUUCCGGUGCCCGUAAAUGAGGACAACAGGAGGGUUAAAUAAGCUUCGAGGCCUCUUGACAUCUAAUCAUGAAACAGUUCUCCAGGGAUCCAACCUAUAAAAUGUGACGGUGGCAGCCGUUGACGGGCCAACACGGUGCUAUUUGAUGUCUUAAUAAUAAUAAUCUAUGUUUAUCACACUAUUUAUUCUGCUUGCCAGACACGCAUGAACAAACCAGUCCUCACGCGAGCGUCACGGGGUUUGACCGUGGGCUCUGAAUAGUUAUUUUUUAGUAACAUAGACUGCAGUCAGAAAAAAACGAAAGGUUUCCACGAUGUUCUCUCCUCCAUAAGGCCGAAUCUGCACAAAUUCAACGACUCAUCCAUGCCUUACACCGGCUUCAUUACAGAGUGGCACAUUUCAAAUCCACACGGAAGUUGUUUAAAAGCUGUGAUAGUACUUUUAUAUAUACAUGUGGCGUGGUAGAUUUGAAGAUAGCAGUAGUUAUGAUGCUACACUGAAGGAUUCAUCUGACUAAUGGCUGCAUGAAAUCGACCUGCUUUGGUGAGUUUAAGGAAUGUGGAAAAGAAAUCUUUUGCAACAACCUCCUGCUUUUAGUUUCAUUAUGUGUCACUGAUAACACCAGAGAGGAUCAGCACACAUGCUAUCACAGCAAUAAAGUCCAGUGAGCUGAUAAAGCAGGUGCAGUCUGAUCUCAGGAACGUGGAAAAGAAAUCUUUUGCAACAACCUCCUGCUUUUUGUUUCGUUAUGUGUCACCGAUAACACGAGAGAGGAUCAGCACACAUGCUAUCACAGCAAUAAAGUCCAGUGAGCUGAUGAAGCAGGUGCAGUCUGAUCUCACAACUCUGUCCGUUUGCAGCCAGUAUUCAGAUGACAAAAUGUCCUUGGACACAGUUAAUCCUUGUGUUGUCCUGCAGGUCAAAAUUGACCCAUUUUAGUUUGAAAAUGUGGAGAAACAAUACGUAUUUUCACAGUGAAACUUCUGAUGUCCACAUUUGCAAAGUUUUUGGGAAAAUGAGCAUUAAAGGCUGGUGGGGAAAAAAAGAAAUGUUAAAAAUGUUUCUUUAAGAACAUUCACAAAAAAAUCAACCAAAAUCCAGCGAAUUUCGCUGGAUUUUGGUUGAUUUUUUUUGUGAAUGUUCUUAAAGAAAAUAAAAGUUUACUGAUAAAUAUGUAAUCGCUUUUGAUACUUUUAGUAUUUUUUUUUUGGAAGAUGUUUACUCAUUUUACUCAAUAUUUACAACAUUUUUUUUUAAAUAAAACUUUUCAGGAAUUAUUUGAAUUUUCUUCCUGAAGGUUUUGCAAAUGUUCAGAAAUUUGGAGAAUUUUUGGAUUUUUUCAGACAAGGAAACAAUAUUUUUUGGUGUCCGUAAAUGAGGACAGCAGGAGGGUUAAACUCUCGUUUGGGCCAGAUUGCAUUAAUCCAGCCACCUUCUUCAUUCUGCUGUUCAUUAAACGAUCAUCUUUGUGUCCACAUAAACAGCUGCUGUAACUUCACAUCUGUAUAGCAACAUACCCGAGUUAUCGCUGGACAUUUUAAAAUCAGGGACGAGAGAGAAAAAAGAAGGACUUGAAGCCGCAAGAAGUAUUUAAACCUUUGACCAGCCGAUCCUCAUUUUGACAUUUAAAAAUGAUUUUAAAUGUAUUUUUAGGAAACCGCGGUGUAUUUAAAUCAUUCAUUCCAUUCAAUGCACAGGUUUACAUCUUAAAUCGAAACACAUCAAAUGCUUGUGAACAUUUUAUUGCAUCCUUUUCUGAUCACGCUGUGUAAUUUUUGUAAGGUGUUUAAUGUUUAACACGCUGUAAUCUCCUUACAUAUAUUGCUGUGUAAGUAACUUUCUUUUAGACUGUCGGUGUUUCCAGAGACGUGGUGGAGUUGGAGCUGUUCCUAGCUGAUAUGACGUGAAAUCUGUUCUUCUAGUGUUCAAGGUCACUGAAUGUAGCACUUUCCAAUUCCAGCUGUUGACGGUGUGUUAGUCUAGAAAAGCACAAUGUUGUUAUGGACUUCAAAUGCUGCACAUUUUAAACACUUGUUAAGCCUGUUUCCGUUUCCGGACCACACUGAUGUUCUGUACAUCCUUGAUCAGCAGAGAGAAGAUGAUCCUGCCCUUCGUGUAGUGACGGCUAAGUCCUCGUUAAUAUUUUAACGAAAUUUUCCAAAAUUACCUCCCUAAUAAAUAACACCUUCACAAGCUUCAGUCUACCAAAUCAAAUGUCACCACAGCCAAAGCGACACAAAUCAACUCAAGAGGAAAAAGUCAUUUAUAGCUUGUGUUAAUUGAAAUAUUAUUUUUAAAAUACUAAGGGUGAAAAAAAUGGCACUUGAUUGUUUUGUAGUACACUGGGUUGAUGUAAUGUUUAGACUAACUGGAUGAAAUAAACUUGACAAAAAUCUUGCA